AUACAUGUGCGGGAUUCCCCACGUACGUCCCGUCUGCAUCUGCUGUGCUGGUUUUAAUUUCUGCCGGAUUUGUGAUACAUCUUGCUAAAAAAAAAACAGACAUUCGUAUUUACAAAAUUAAGAAGAUGUCUAGCAUCUCGCCUCGAAGUUAAUCCAGUUUAUCGUUUUGUUGCUGUGUCAGACUUUUUGUUGCUGUGAAAAAAAUUCCACAAAAAUGGCUGCAGUGAUUAUGACUGACAAAAUGGAGAACAUGCGUUCCUGGUUUCAGACCAUCAUCGAUGGCCUUAUGGUGAAGGAACGCCUUGCGAUGGCCGUCAACUUUGCCAAGGAGCGACCAGUCGCUGCUACCCUGAUUGGUGUCGCCGUGGCAACAAGCUUCCUUCCGGCUGUGGCCUUUGUGUCUUUUGUGGUUGCCAUGCUUAUUAUUGGGGUCGUCGCUUUGCUUGUCGUUGAAGGCACUGCCAUACUGAUGGGUGGUGGGCUUCUACUUUUUGCCCUCUUCGGCAGCAUGAUUGCCACAGUCGUCGUCGGUGUGUCUAUCCUGACCGGUCUGAUCGCCGGCCGCUUCACUUGGCGCAUCACCGCCCCCCUCCGCGCCAAGAUGGCGGAACGCCUGGGCAUGUGCAAAGGAUCCGCUAACGUCAUGAACAGCCCUGGCACUCCUAAGGAGAAGGGGCAGUUUGAGACGGACGACAUCCUGGACUUCACUAGCAACGCGAGGAAAGUGGAGACCGACUAGGAUAAGUGGUCCCCUAGAAAUCCGGGGCAAGUAACCCUCCUCAAAACCAACGAUGAAUACCCAUCUUUUGCGGCAUCCAUGUCCUUGACUUGUAAUUUUGAUAAUAUCGUCUUUCUGCUUCUGGUCAUUAUCCCUGUCUUGUCCUCGAUACUACUUUCGCUGUAAUUUGAAAUGAAAUCCUCACCCUUUGCCUUUUGUUAAAUUUGUGUCAUAAUAGAGUAUGUCCCCACAAAUGUGUUUGUCUGACUAUUUUUAAAACAACGACAAAACCAUGACGUCAAUUGGAAAUUGUUUUGAUUGUGCAGAUGCUCCUUAUCCGUGGAGUAAACCCAUCUAACAUAACACAGCACUAAAGUGACCCUAACCCCCUAGGCCCUUGUUGCUUACAACCAUCCUCAAUCCUCCAAAAUCCUCCAAAAUUUUGCAACUCCGCCUAAAUUUUUCA